AUGUUGAGACCAAAUCCUUCUCUAUAUUCAAAAAUAACUCACUUAAAAUGCCAUCGUUACAAAUCUUCAUUUGCAUCGGCAAUUGCUGCUGCAAGUAAAUUGGUAACUCCAAAAAUCAUGUUAAGAAACCCAAUUUCAUUGGUUUCAAAUGAAAUGAAUAAUUUAGCAAAACAUGUAAUGGGUUUGAUUAGUUCAGGACAUCCAACUUUGAAUAGAGUCACUAGUUACUAUUUCGAAGCUGAAGGCAAAAAAGUUCGUCCUUUAUUGGUUUUGUUAAUUUCAAAAGCCUUAUCAACUAUACCAAUUAAUGAAAGAAAUAAUUUAAAAAUAGAUAAAUCAGAUAUUCCAGAUGACCCAGUUUAUUCACAACCACCACAAUUAACUAUUUUAGAAAAUCCUUUGUCAAAUAUCUCCCCUUUACAUAUCUUACAUGGUAUAAAACCAUUAAAUCCUUUAACUAAAGGUCCUGAACCGAUUCCUGAAGCUUCAUUCGAUAAUGAUAACGGCAUCUUACCAAAACAAAGAAGACUUGCAGAGAUCGUUGAAAUGAUACAUACAGCAUCUUUAUUGCAUGAUGAUGUGAUUGAUCAUUCAGAAACAAGAAGAGGUAGGCCAAGCGGUAAUAAAGCAUUCACAAAUAAAAUGGCUGUUUUAGCCGGUGAUUUUUUAUUAGGUAGAGCAACCGUCUCUAUAUCAAGGUUAAGAAAUCCAGAAGUAGUUGAAUUAAUGUCAAAUAGUAUAGCAAAUUUAGUUGAAGGUGAAUUCAUGCAAUUGAAAAAUACCGCCGUUGAUAAUAAUUUAAAUACAAUUGACGAAGGAAGAAAAGAAUUACCUCCUUCUAUAGGGAAAUUUACAAAUGACCUUCAUGAUUAUCGUGUACCAAUUAAUGAUAACUUACUCACAAGUAAAGAUGCGAUGAUAAAUACUGCAUUCGAAUACUAUCUACAUAAAACCUACUUGAAAACUGCAUCUUUAAUUUCGAUGGCAUGUAGAAGUUCUGCUAUUUUAUCUGGUGCUAGUCCUGAAGUAGUUGAUUCAUGUUAUGAAUAUGGUAAGAACCUUGGUAUUUGCUUCCAAUUAGUAGAUGAUAUGUUAGAUUUUACUGUCUCAUCCGAAAAUUUAGGUAAGCCAGCAAGAGCUGACUUAAAAUUGGGUAUUGCUACCGCUCCAGUCUUAUACGCUUGGAGAGAAGACCCAUCUUUAACCGAGUUAAUUUUAAGAAAUUUCACACAACCAGGAGAUGUUGAAGCUGCUACUAAGUCUGUCAUUCAACAUAACGGUGUUCAAAAGACAAAAGAGUUAGCGGAAAAGUAUAGAGAUGCUGCAUUGGCUAAUUUAAGAAGUUCAUUCCCUGAAUCUGAUGCUAGAUCUGCAUUGGAAUUCUUAACUAAUACUAUUUUGUCAAGAAGAAAGUAG